CCCCCGCGCAGUGCUCUCUGGGAAACUGAGUCCACUCUAAAUAAUUCAAGCUGCCGUACCUUUUCUUCCACCGCUAACAAGAUGCCGGCCGUACAUCACAAACUGCUCCUGGAGGACGCUUUGCAAGACAGUCCUCAGACUCGCUCCUUGCUCAGCGUGUUUGAGGAAGAUGCUGGGAUGCUUACUGACUACACCAACCAGCUGCUGCAGUCCAUGCAGCGUGUGUACGGAGCGCAGAGUGAGAUGGGACUGGCCACAGAGCAGCUCUCAAGGCAGCUCAUUGAUUAUGAGAAGAAAAAUUUUGCCCUUGGGAAAGGUGAUGAAGAGGUAGUCCUCACACUGAAGAGCUUCGCCAAAACUGUAGGAGAGCUGAACUCCCUCCACUCGGAGCUCGCCCACCAGAUGGCCGACAGCAUGGUUUUCCCUUUGAUCCAGUUUCGAGAGAAAGACCUUACAGAGAUAAGCACGCUGAAGGAAAUAUUUAGCAUCGCCACUGAUGAGCACGAGGCAGCGAUGGUCAAAUACAGCCGAUUGCCCAAGAAGAAGGAGAAUGAGAAGGUGAAGUCAGACUUGGUGAAGGAGGUGGCCUACACCCGGAGGAAGCAGCACUCGGCCUCGCUGCAGUAUUACUGCGCCCUCAACGCCCUGCAGUAUCGCAAGAGAGUCGCUAUGCUGGAACCAAUGCUAGGCUACACACAGGCACAGGUACUGACCACCAUCUGGGUCACAACACAUUAGCAUAUCAGUAUUC